AUGACGUCACACUGCGUUGAGCAAAAACAAAUCAGGUGUCUACAAAAUGAGUGCGAACAACUUACUUCACCUACAGAAUUUUCCGACAUCAAAAAAUUGCUGGAGGAUGGGGAGAAAUCACAACAUCAGGCAGAUCACUUAGAAAAGUAUUUGAGGGAGCUGGAAAUUCAAACGAAGCAUAACGUCAUUGGCAUUCAGGCGGCUGUCUCUUCACUCUUUGAUUAUGCUAUCAAAGGUGUCUUCACGGACAUCAAACACUCCGUGCAACUGAAUGUACCUACGAAACGUAGCUUCGGGGAUUACCAGUGCAAUUCUGCUCUUGCCAUUCGAAAGGAAAUCAAUAGUGAACUAAGCCCGCUGGAUAUUGCCAAGUCUAUUGUUUCUGCCCUACCAGUUAAUGAUUUGAUUGAAAAAGUAGAUAUUGUUCCCCCUGGCUUCAUGAACAUCUGGAUUCGUCAUACGUUUGUCGCUGCAGAGAUCAGCAAAAUAUUACGUUUCGGAGUUACGCCUCCAUUCAUCCCUCACAAAUAUUCCGUAAUUGUUGACAUGUCCUCUCCGAACAUCGCGAAAGAAAUGCACGUUGGACAUCUGAGAUCUACCAUUAUUGGAGAGAGUAUCUCUCGACUGCUUUCGUUUCUUGGGCAUAAAGUACUGAAGAUAAACCAUAUCGGGGAUUGGGGAACUCAGUUUGGAAUGUUAAUAACCCACUUGAGAGAGAUGUAUCCUAAUCAGGAGACAGCCCCUCCUAUCUCUGAUCUUCAAGCUUUUUAUAAGGCAUCGAAGGUUAGAUUCGAUAAGGAGGAAGAUUUCAAUCACAAAGCCCAUUUAGCUGUAGUUAAACUUCAACAAGGUGACCCGGAAUAUGUGCAUGCCUGGAAACAAAUUUGUGACAUAUCACGUAAAGAAUUCGAUGAUAUCUAUCGCCGUCUGGAUAUCAAGGAUCUUGUCGAGAGAGGGGAAUCCUUCUAUCAAACCCGCAUGGAAGAGUUUGUUAAAGAUCUAAAAAGCCGAAACGCUUUGCAGGAGGAUGAAGGCAGACUGAUUUUAUGGCCACCGAAAUGUGAGAUUCCUCUCACAGUUGUCAAAUCAGAUGGUAGUUUUACGUAUGAUACAUCCGACUUGACUGCUUUACUUCAACGGUUGCACGAAGAGAAAGUGGAUUGGGUGUUGUAUGUAGUGGAUAUGGGACAGGGUGUUCACUUUAACACUGUAUUUGCGGGUGCGGAAAUGUUGGGAUACUAUAACCCUGAUGUGCAUAGAGUUCAACACAUUGGCUUCGGAGUAGUGCUUGGCGAGGAUAAGAAAAAAUUCAAAACACGUUCUGGUGAAACUGUACGUCUUAUUGAUUUGUUGGAUGAAGGCCUUGAACGCGCGAAAAGCAGAUUAAUUGAAAAAGAAAGAAAUAAGAAAUUAACUGAAGCUGAACUGGAGCGUGCUCAAAAGGCAGUUGCAUACGGUUGUAUUAAAUACGCUGAUUUGUCGCAUUUUGACAGGAUGUUGGAUGAUAAAGGAAAUACUGCAGUUUACUUGCUAUAUGCAUAUACUCGUAUCAAAUCAAUAAUCAGAAAUGCUGGCUAUUCGGAACAGACAAUCAAUGAAAUCUCAGAAACAGUACCUUUAUUAUUUAACCAUCCUAUGGAGUUCACAUUGGCUAAAGCUUUAUGUCGAUUACCAGAUAUUUUACUGAAAAUUCAGAAUGAUUUCUUGUUGCACAGCCUAUGUGAUUAUCUUUAUGAGCUGUGUUGUACUUUUACCAGUUUUUAUGAUGCUUGUUAUUGCAUUGAACGUAAUCAGGCAACAGGUGAUGUCCAAAUCAACAAAGAACGCAUUUUGUUAUGUGAAGCUACUGCCCGUGUAAUGAAAUGUGGAUUUGAUAUACUUGGAAUCGAAACAGUCGAAAAGAUGUAA